UGUGGCUUUCUAAAGCAAUGCUUCAUAAAUACGCACAUAAAAAAAAAACUCAGACAUCGCAGCAACCAGAACUUUAGAUCAGUGCGAAGGGCGCACAUGAGAGCGCGGAUGCCAAAGGAAAUGAGCGCCCAUCAAGAAACCUUAUAAACCAAUAAAUUACCACUUAGAUACUUAUAUAAAUAUAUUUUCUAUAUGAUGUUAAAUGUUUUUACCUUUCCUUGUUUCGAUGAUUAAACGUAUAUUUAUUUAGUCAGAUACAGCGCGUCAAGGUUGGAUUAAUGAUUGGAGACCGUUUGGGUGGAGGGAAGUCAACACCUGAGCGAGCGAUGUGAAGGUUAACCAGGAAUCAUCUUAAACCUCAGUGUUCACCUCUCAGGCCCAGUCAUGAAGUCUGUGCUAGAUGGUGUGGCUGACACCACCUUCCGGACUAUAACAUCUGGACUGCAGUACCUGGGCUCCAACGAUGCCAUCUAUGAUGACACCACCAUCAACGCUGACUUCACUAAGGGUGGAUUGUCCGUCCAGAAGCCUCUCUCUGCUUUCCUCAGUAACUCUUUCCCAGACAAAGUGCCUGGAGAUGAGGAACUCAUCCUCAAAGGCAUCCCAUUCUUCCCUACCAAUGCCACAGAUCUGUUUGGCAACCGGAGUGGCUUUGGAGAUGAGGGAACCGGAAUCCAGUGUGGGGAGAACUUCAUGGAUAUGGAAUGCUUCAUGAUCCUUACCCCUAGCCAGCAGCUGGCUGUGGCGGUGAUGUCACUCACCCUGGGCACCUUCACGGUGUUGGAGAAUCUUAUCGUGCUGUGUGUGAUACUCCAAUCCCGCACCCUGCGCUGCCGCCCCUCCUACCACUUCAUAGGCAGCCUGGCUGUAGCCGACCUGCUAGGCAGCGUCAUCUUCGUCUACAGCUUUCUGGACUUCCAUGUGUUCCACAGAAAAGACAGCCCCAAUGUGUUCCUCUUCAAGCUGGGCGGAGUCACCGCCUCGUUCACAGCCUCUGUGGGAAGCUUGUUUCUCACUGCUAUAGACCGCUACAUCUCCAUUCACAGACCCCUGGCCUACAGGCGCAUCGUCACGAGGACCAAGGCUGUCAUCGCCUUCUGCGUGAUGUGGACUAUCUCCAUUGUCUUCGCAGUGCUCCCUCUGCUGGGCUGGAACUGCAAGCAGCUCAACUCGGUCUGCUCAGACAUCUUUCCGCUUAUUGACGAGAAGUACCUGAUGUUCUGGAUCGGGGUGACUAGUGUGCUCGUCUUCUUCAUCAUCUACGCCUACAUGUACAUCCUGUGGAAGGCCCAUCACCACGCCGUGCGCAUGCUGAGCCGCACCUCCCAGAAGAGCCUGGUGGUGUACUCGGCGGAUGGGACUAAGUCGCAGACCAUGCGCCCUGAGCAGACGCGCAUGGACAUCCGCCUGGCCAAGACACUGGUCCUCAUCCUGGUGGUGCUGGUCAUCUGCUGGGGCCCUGUGCUGGCCAUCAUGGUCUACGACCUGUUUUGGAAGAUGGAUGACGAUAUUAAGACAGUGUUUGCUUUUGCCAGCAUGCUCUGUCUGCUCAACUCAACCGUCAAUCCAAUCAUUUACGCCCUGAGGAGCAAGGACAUGCGACACGCCUUCCUAAACUCAUGCCAGGCGUGCCGGGGCAGUGCCCAGCAGCUGGACAAUAGCCUGGAGUCUGACUGCCAGAACAGGCACAUUGCUGCCAACAGGGCUGCAGAGAGCUGUGUGAAGACCACUGUGAAAAUAGCCAAAGUGACCAUGUCUGUCUCCACUGAGACAUCUGCAGAAGCUGUCUAGCUGGUCAUCAUCAUGUCACAGCGAUAUUGCGUCACGAGAUGGGGAUGGACCUUCCACAGGAUGUAAUGAAUUACACACAUAGCUAAAUGCUUCAGCGGUUCAUUACUUAAUUGUUUUAUGUUUACGAGGUGUGCCAGUAUAGUGUUCCAGUGCCUAAGUGCCAAAUAUAUGGUGAUGAAGACAGUGGGAUGGGGACUGUUGGCCAUAGACUUCAUGAUGAUCAAACUGUAGAAGGCUUAGCAUAUUUCUUUGUACUGUGAAUUCAGGUUCUGAACCAAUGAUAUAUUCAUUCAUGGGAUAAGGGGCUAAUUAAGUUUUUGAGAUUAGAAGUAUGUUUCAGUAUGUUAUCAAGAUGUCAAUAUGUGUUCCAUAAAGAAGAUAAAUCAUUUAGGCUUUGAGAAGCCAGAACAGGCAUUGGCUUUGUCCAGGCGUUAUGUACAAAUAUACAGUGUUGUGUGAAGAGUUCAAUUUUAUUUACAUAAGGGUCUAACUUUAAUUUUAAUUUACUUAAGACAUGUAUGAUCCAUAAAGCGACAGAGGAACCGUUGCCUUUGUAUUUUCUUUUUAUACCGACCGGUCUGAGUUUAUUUUUUUAUUUCAGAAAUAACUAACAGGAAAUCAAAUCUGACCUGACUUUGUGUAGACAGCUCCAUUGACUGUUUGAGUCAUCUUUCAUAUAGAAGCUGGAUGAAUCUGAAAACCACAGUCUUCAAUUUAACGAAAUAAAUGUGCCAUUUGAGGCCACAGUAAGCUAAAUCUGCUUUAAAUACUUAUGAGAUGUGUUCACGAAGUCAAAAAUCUACAAUGUCAUUAUAAGGUAUUGUGCCUUUCAUAUCUUUGUCUCUACUCUUGGGUAUAGUGGUAUGUUUUCAAUAAAAAAAUGAAUGUAUACCAAACAAUUUUACAGUGUUACAUACAAUCCAGUUCCAAAAAGUGAUUUCAUUGUGAGUCUGUCUUUAAAACAGUUUGUCAACGCAACAAUGUAUUGUAUGGCUAAAGCUUGAGCACAGGUCAUGAAAAUUGAAAUCUGGUUGCAGUGUGCUGGCCACACUACCAUAAUAAUCAUAGAACUACAUGCAAUGGAUUGAAUUCAGAUGACUUGUAAGUGGAUUUAAUUGAAUUCAGUACAUUUGUGAAUAACUUUACAACUUGAUAAAAAAAAAAAUUAAAAAAUCUACCUUCUGUUCGACACCUCAUCAAAUUGUGUCAGUGUUACCGUAAACAUAACUUAACUUGAUUAGGAUUAUUUUGAUAUUUGAGGAGAUCACAAUAGCUACCCUAGAGUAGACAUACAGCACAGCUUUUAGAUAAACAAAACAAGAAGAUAGCCUGUCUGUCAGUUUUUAGGUUGACUGCAGUUCAUUCUUAUCAAAGGCAAGCCUUUCAUUCGUUAGCAGACAAAACAUUAGAAUGAGUCUCUUACCAGUGUUGAUGAAAAUGGUCAUUUUCAAUUAUAUUAUGUAGGACUUUUAAUCUAGAACUAUCACUCAGUUAACAUUGUUCUUUAGACAUUUAUCUUGGUGUUAAACUACUACCGACAGCUGUUUACCAGUAUGCUUUGCUGCCUCUUGUAAUGUUGAGUGUUGGAAAUCAAAUGUCAAACUGUUAAGUGGCUUCUGUACUGUGGUGGCAUCUGAGAAGUCUUUUGGGGGGGAAAAAAUCUGCGGUAUUCAACAGUUUUUUUUCACAUUGCAAUGUAAUGUUUCCAAGCUUUUGAAUAAAGUCACAGCUGGUUGUCA